AUGAACAUACGGGCGGCGAACGCGCUAAAUUCGGAGUCAACAGACAGCAAUGCGGACAUUCAGCGGGCGAUAAAUAGAGCUAUGAGAGCUCAAGUUGCACAGAUGGAAAGGCAAGAGAUGCUUGAAGCAACAGCCGUACCCGUAGUUCCUCAAGACUCCCGUGCGUUGCCCUCGACGUUUAUGCAGGUGGAGGCAGCAGUGCCCCAUAGAAUUAAAGAUGUGGAGCAAGGCAGUAGUAUGGCGGAUCUAGGAACCCUUCUAACGAAAGAUUUGAAAAGCAAAAGCAAGGCAUUUGCAAAGGACAACCGAGUAGCCCCUCGCUCCAACACAAGCCUAAGAGCCUACGAUUCUUCCGAUAAGCCCCCUUUCUCUUUUAUAAAUUGGGGGCAAAUAGGGGGUAUGAUGCAAAAUCCCGCAAUAGCUCACACUGGUAUGACUGUCUAUGUGCCCCGUAAAGCUGUGGGUACUACUGUGGGUCUAGACUUUGACUCGCCUGCCACUUUCCAUGGGCCUUUACUAGUUGCACUCAUGGUGCUUUUCCUUAUCUUCUUUUUGGUGCUGAUGCUGUGCUGCUGGAUGGUGAAGAGCAAGGAGAAGCACGAUAAAUAUAUGGCCGAAAAAAUUCCGAGGCGCUAA